AUGGAUUCAGGUGGGAUCCACCCAGCUGCAGAUGCGACAGGGAGAAGGGUUCUUUUCAGUGGGUCGGGCAACGGACCGCCGGAUGAGUCGAACACGCACAUCGUCGCGGCCAGCAGAACCGGAACCAGCGCCUUUCAGCCGGUGGAACAUGGGACAGGUGAGAUGGACGAAGGUUAUGGUGCAGGCAACCUGUUUGGCGCCAGAUCGCUCGUUGCCCGAAGUACACGUGGUGAACCCCAGCAUUCUGACAUGGAGCACUGUGGAAGGGGAUGGGCAGGAGGCCAGUCUGGGUUGAAUCUCAUUGCACACUCAGAAUGUGACUCUAACCUGAACCAUGUGGUUCCCCUUUCUGGUGGUGACAGUGCCGCGCACGCAGUUGCGAUCCACCCAGCUGCAGAUGCGACAGGGAGAAGGGUUCUUUUCAGUGGGUCGGGCAACGGACCGCCGGAUGAGUCGAACACGCACAUCGUCGCGGCCAGCAGAACCGGAACCAGCGCCUUUCAGCCGGUGGAACAUGGGACAGGUGAGAUGGACGAAGGUUAUGGUGCAGGCAACCUGUUUGGCGCCAGAUCGCUCGUUGCCCGAAGUACACGCGGUGAACCCCAGCAUUCUGACAUGGAGCACUGUGGAAGGGGAUGGGCAGGAGGCGCUUCGAUGCUCUCGGACGUUGGAACUGUCACUGUGGCUGGCGAUGGUCGCGGAGUCGGCGUCGGAGUCGGCAGGUAUGGUGGGAUGAGUCCGAUGGGUGUGUCUGCAUGGGGCUUCCGAACUCAACCAGGAAGCCCUGGCCCACAAAGCGAAUGGAGAGUUGGACGCUGCAGUCAAAAUCCCUCGUCACAGCGCCUCGCCAGCUCAAGCCGUGGGUGCAAAGCUCGCAGCGAGGCCCGCACGGCGCCUGCACCUGGACGCGCCCGCAAGGGCAAGAGCACCUUGCCUCACAGGUCCCCAGAAGCUCUGGGUCGAUGUCCUGCGGUCGUGGGAACGUCAGCCGCUUGCAAGACCAUGAGUGGUGGCAGUAGGAGCAGGAUACUGCCAGGGGAGGGGGAUGUGCUGGAAUGCGGAGCGCGUUCUUCCUCGGCUUCACCGCUGCCUACAUCCGGCAAAGGUCGCCUUGCGAAGAGCUUCCAUGUCAAAAAGUUCGGAGCAAGAAGCCAUCAGGGCCAGCAUGCCUCUCGAAGCCGACCUGGAAGCUCCACAAGGCCGGCGCAAGUGGACGCGGAGAUCGAAGGAGCCGCCGCUGGAGGGAACCUCCCUUCGCCUUCCAACUCGACGGUUGUGGCGCCCUCGGCCAUUCCCGGAAACAUUCAGGGGGCCGAUCAGAAAGCGGCCCAGGAGGGCGCCGAGACGAGAGCCCCGGUUUCCGAUGCCAAGACCGCCACGACUUGCGAAGACUCCAAAGAGCCGUUGGCCGCAUCAAAGUCCACGAGCGAUAAGAUCGCAUCGCAAGACAAAGGAACUCCGGCUCCGGAAGAGAAGCCUGAAGAGCCUGGCAAGCAAAGCACCGUCAAGGGCAAAGGGAAGGGAAAGCUACCACCGCCAGCUGUGCCGAAGCAGAAGGGUGAUGGAAAGAACGGGAAAGGAGUAGCGAAAGGAGACCACAACCACCUCAAGGUAGAGGAGGCAACGACGAUGCGAAAAGCAGAGGUCAUCCCCACCGUCCAGGUCAAACGUAUUUUCUGGAACCCCAUCCACCUCCGAGCCCAUGGCAGCUGCACAGUAUGGGAUGCCAUUGACGACGAAACCUAUUCGAUUGAUUUGGAGGAGUUGGAGCGCCUUUUUGCGGAAGUCAGAAGUCCAAGAGGAAAAGCGGAAGAAAAGGGAGGUGAGGGAAAGCGGAUCAUCCGAGUCUUCGAUGAGCAGAGGCGCAGGCAGAUAUGCAUCAUGAUUGCCCGGCUGCCUGGAAAUGUCUUGAAGCUGGUGAGCGACAUGGACUCCCAGAGGCUGGGCAGAGAUGAGGUUGAACUUCUCCUGCAGAACAGCCCAUCCGCCGAAGAAACACAGAUGCUCCGACGCGCGCUAGAGGAGAAUGUCGUGGACGAAAACAAUGUUUGGGACACGGCAGAGGACUUCAUGUUGUCGCUGCUGGCGAUUCCUCGAGUUCAAUUACGGUUGAAAGUAUGGGGAUUCGUGACUUCCUUUCAGGAGAAGUUCGAGCACAUCGCAGCUGACGUGGCUGGCGUGAUUGCUGGAUGUCGAUGUUUGCUUUCAUCAAUGAGGGUGAGGCACUUGCUGGGAGUUGCUCUACAUGCAGGCAAUUUUCUGAAUGGUGGAACUCGGCGUGGCCGUGCAGACGGUUUCGCCAUGGAAGCCUUACUGCAGCUUCGAACUGUCAAGGCCACGCAGGCUGCCGAUCAGACUCUGGUUCAUUUCAUCACGCUUCAGAUGGAGAAACGGUAUCCAGGGGAGCUUGCCAGCCUGUUCUCCCAGGGGCAGGAGGCGGAUUGGAUCCGACAUGCUGCCAGACGCCCCAUCGAGGACGCGGCACAGGAGUCCGGCGCGCUACUGGCCCAAGCGGUGCAGAUGAUGAAGACUAUCCGACUGGUGAUCGAAGAAGAUGUGUCGGAGGGCGUUUCUCGCAAGGAGGACGUUCUCCAGCACUACGGCGAGUGCCUGUCCAUGUGCGUGGCGGAACUUGAAGCGCUACAGGGGAGAAUAGGCGUGGUGAAUGUCAAGUACCAAGAGGUGUGUGAGUGGCUGCACAUCGAUGCUGAUCACCGCAAGCCCAGUGAUGAGCUGUUUGGGAUUUGGCAUCAAUUCCUGGAGGAUCUGAAAGCCGCCCGGCGCGCCCUCCAGGAGAAGGAGGAGCAAGCGCUUCGUAGGCAGAAGCGUCCGGUCCAUCGCAGGAGGAGACAGGUACGAAGAUCCGUCACGAUGCCCAACAUUGCUGCAAGCCAGGAAGCGGCGAAGGCGAUACACCAGGUACCUCCGUUGCGCCUCCUGUCGAGCAGCGAGCUUGGAGAGGAUGCGUCAGCAAGUUCAAGCGAACUUCGUGUACGAUGUAAAGAGCGCAAAGCCGCAAGUUGUGACGUCAGCCAUUCGGAGGCCUCUUCCACGACAAGCUCUGGCGAAGAGCUCGCUGAAAAACCCUGCCAGCAUAGCCAAACUGCCGAGCAGGGCGGCGCACUGGCUCGUCUUGGUCCUUCGGAGAAGCUUCAAGACGGCGAAGGUGCAGGUGUCCAUGUCCUUGCGGAGGGAACUUCAGCGGUUCUUGGUCCUUCAAAGAAGCACCAACAUGCCGCUGAGGAGUCGCCCGCGCUUCCAGUUCAAGAUGUCCAGCGCGAUGUCGUGCAAGCUUGCGAGCAGGGUGGCUCGGUUCUUGGUCCUUCUGAGAAGCUCCAGGACGACAGUGUUGAGGAGCCCUGCUCAGAGAGCACAUGUAGUGACAGGCGCAGCUCAGCAUUUCAGUGCCUGACACGGGAGCGGAUGAGGACUGAUGGAGUGUUCGAAAUGGUCUUCGCAAUACCGUCAAGUGAGCACGCUGUUGGAAUCGACCAGGGGCAAGAGUGCUCUCGAACCAGCGAGCCUGCCGGCGUUGAAGAAAAGCAGAAGUUCGAUUUUGAUGGCCUGCGCUUUUACUGUGGCUUCGAGUCCAAGUCAGCCAAGACCGCGCAUGACUUGCUUUGCACAGGGGAUGCCCAGUGUUGCGCAGACAUGGUUGCUAUGGUUUUGCUAUGGCCUUUGCUCAAUGUCAGGUUUGAUAUGAAAUCUUGGCACUGCGAGCAGCAGCUGCGCGAGGUGCUUGAUCGUGUUCGAAGCCUUGUGCCACCAGGACGCCCAAGUCCGGAAUCUGGAAUAUGGGCUGAUGCUGAGCCUUCCCUCCUUGCGGACCUUUUCCGCAGCAUCGACCUCGACACGACGGAGCAUCAGGCUCACAUACAACAGCUGGUUCUUCAGAGAGGUGUGUCGCUUCUGCACGCCCAUCCUGCCUUGGGAGUCCGUCCGCUCGAGCAUGCCAUCUUGCAUGGUCGCCGAAGAAGUGUGCGAACACUGCUGGCCUUGGGAGCCAGCAUCGCAAGCGCUUCUGAUCGUGUGCAGCUCUACUACGCAGCCCUGCAAAAUGGUUUGGACGAGGUCGUCGCAGAGCUCUCUGCCUGGGCAAAGUCGCCAGAUGCCAAGCGUGAGCUUUUUGCUUCGGCCCAAGACGGGGACGCGCUACGCUGCAGCCAACUUGUGCACAUGAAGGCUGAUGCUAAUUGGAGGGAUGAGACAUCUGGCUUCAGUGUACUCGAGUGGGCGAUACUGUCAGAUGGAGGGGAACGUGGUGUUGUAGAGACACUGCUGCCCUUCGCCGAUGACAUGGCAAAGCAGAGUUCUCUGCGCAUGUGCGCGCUGCAGGGCUGGACAGCAUCGCUGCCGAACCUCUUGUAUGCGAGAUGUGAUCCGGGUGGUCGCGAUGAUGACGGUUGGACAGCGCUGGAUUGGGCCAUUGCUCAGGGCCAGGAGACGUUUGCUUUGGAGCUUCUUCGCCUGGCUGGACCGCCCGCCGUUCACGCUUGCCGGCGCCCGACGACUGCUUUGGCAAGGACAGCACGUAACCGGCAGUUGGGGCAGCUGGCAGACUUGCUUGAAUUCGAGCCUCUGGCAAGAGCACAGGCAAUUUUUCAAAGAAUCCUGGAGGAGGGCACCCAAGAGGACAUGCUCCAACUCCUCCUUGAGGGACAUUUCCCUGUGAAUCCGCGCUUGGGUUGGAGACAUCCUCUGGAUGCUUGCAUGGAUGGAGGCCGUCCGGACUUGGCGCUGCAGCUUCUGCGCUGGCAAGCGCAGCCCGCUUUGGCUUCUGGAGGGUCAGCUCAGCUGCUGGCUCGAGCUGUCGAGAUCCCACAAAGGUCGGACGAGCUCAUCAACAUGUUGCUGACAUUCGAGAGCAUGUGA